AUGACUGAUUCUCAGAUGGAUUUCGAAGAACCAGAAAAAGAUCAGGAACUUGUUAUCCAACAUGACUGGCAUUUGGGAUUAAAGUUAGUUUGAAUUUCAACCCAUUAAAUACAUAAAUGCUUAAUUUUCAGAGAACCUAUUUCAUCAUUUUUCAUUGGUGUCAAGAAGGCUGGAGAUACUAUGACAACUUUUUUCGAUGUUCAAGUGACAAAAUUGAUCGAUGAAUUUGGAUUUACAGUAUUGCCAAAUAAAACAGGCUCAGAAGAGAUCAAGAAUUUCGGAAAAAUAUCAUUGGAUUUAGUUGUAAGUAAAAAAAUGCAUUAUUAUACUAUAUAUCAUAAUUUAGAACAAUCUUCAUGUAAAUUAUAAAAAUAUUGUGACCAUAUUUGUAUCCCCGGUUGCCGAACUUCGACUUCACGGACUUCAAACAUCAGCUCACACUUUCGAUGUUUCAUCAAGUGGUCAAACUAUAAUUUCGGCUGAUACAAGUGGUUCUCUAGUUGUUUCCUCAGCAAUGGAUGGAAAAACUCUUCGAAUCCUCGAAGGACAUAUUAUGGAUGUAUAUAGAACUCAAUAUUUUCCAUCUGAUCUCGUUGUUUUGACCGGUGGAAUGGAUUUGACAAUUCGAAUCUGGGCAAUUGAUAGUGGAAAAUGUGCAAGAAUAUUUGGAGUUGGUAAAGAAAUUCUAUCUUGUUCAAAUGAUGGAUGUGUUUUUAAAUGGAGUUGUGGAACUGGAGAGAUUCUUGAAAAAUGGGCAUUUGAAGCGGGAAAAUGUGUAGAUUUGAAGAUAUUUGAGGAGACUUCGAGAUUUGCAGUGAUUUGUGAGAGAAAUUUAUUGGUGGUUAUUAUUGAAAAUGGUCAAAGAUAUGAUAUUGCUUUGGAAGAGGGAGAGCCGACUUGUUUGGAAUUUAGUGGAAAUUCAAAUAUUAUUUUUGUUGGGUUUGAAAAUGGGAGUAUUGCUGCUUAUGAUAUCGAAAACAGGAAUUUGAUUUCUAAAAUCAAAUCGAAUCAAGGACGAGUUACUUGUCUCAAGUUUUAUUGCAAUCGACUUCUAGCCGCAUACAGUGAGCAUUUUAUUUUUUUUUUCAAUGUUCAUAUAUAAUUUUAUUUCAGAUGAUGGUAUAAUUUUGGCCUACCGUAUUCCUACAGUAACCCCAGAGGCUGGCGAUUCUUCAGAUAUUCAUUCAGAAUUUCAACUAACCGGUCCAGAUUGUGAUCCGAUUUAUGACAUGAAAAUUCGGGGAAGAAAUUUAUAUACGAGUUGUCGAGAUAAAAUUGUUAGAAAAUACACGUUGUUGUGGGAUUCUGAAUAAAUAAAUUAUUGCAUUUCGAAUUUUUACGGAUACUAUAUUUUCAAAAGGUUCAAAAGCCCAAUUUUUUUUUAAAUUUCUGAUUGUGAGUUUCAGUUUUUCAAAUUACAUGAAGUAUUUUAGAUGAAUAGAUCAAUAUUUUAUACACAAAUCCGAUGGAAAACAGUGAAAUUCAAGCCGAAAGUGAGUUAGAUUUAUGACUUCUAGAAGUUUGCGACGCGCUCCUAAUAUGAGUUAUGACGUGGCAAAUUUUCGAAAAAUCGGGAUUUUGGGAGCUGGAAGCUUUAAGCAGCUCCCAAAGUCCCGCCACGUCAUAAUUAAUAUUAGUUCUGCAAUUUUGUCGGGAAAAGCGGGUAGAAAACUACUACGAAACAUGAAGUUUAUCAAAAAUCCAAAAAAUAUUCAGAUUGCGCGAACAAAACCACUAAAAACCCCAUCAGCUUUAGCUCUCGAUCAUUUCGAUUUCUAUUACGGCCCACUUUUCGGCAAAAAAUGGCCAAGUAUACGCCUAGGCCUCCUCUCACCCAACAAAUAUUUGGCUGUAAUAAAUACAAUGUGCCGCAAUUGGGAGGCUCACGAUGAAAUAUUGAAUGAGAUGGGAGCUAUUGAUUUGUUGGCGAAAGUUCGGGGAAGCAAAGCGGAUGAUCGAUUUUUGGAGGAGAAACGGCAGAGAGUUGAAGUUCGGGCGAAAGAAGAUUUGGAAAAAGCGAAUCAGAUUCUGGCUGAUUCGAACAGAUCUAUAGAGCCAGAAGAAGCAGAUGAAAAAAUCGAUAAAUUAUAUCGAAGUGCUGCUGGUUUGGGAGAAUUUAAAGCGAGUCCUGGAGAAUUAUCCACUUCUGAUCUACAAAUGGGCAAAUCAACCAAACAUACCAAAGAUUUUGAGUUGGUUUUUUCUGUGGAAAAAAAAGGAAAAAAUAUCAUUUUUUGCAGAAUUACGGGAUUUGAAGGGGAAGGUGUUCGACUUCCGAGACGACAGCAUUUUAUUUAUUAUCCGUAAGAGAUUGUAGAACUCAAUAUGAGUUAUGACGUGGCAAAUUUCGAAAAAUUGGGAUUUUAGGAGCUUCAAAAAUGAUUUUCAUCAAAAUCUGAUAGCAUUUGGUUGUUCAGGAGGCUCGAUAACAUAAGUUCUGAUGUUCACAGAAGCUUCAGAAGCUCUGAACUUAUGUUAUCGAUCCUCCUGAUCAACCUCGUCCUAUCAGAUUUGAAUGAAAACCAUAUUAAAAGCAAGCUUCAAGCUCCUAAAAUCCCGCCACGUAAUAACUCAUAGGCCAAAAACUAUCAGAAAACUUUUCAUCAAAAAUCUACCCUUGCUAGAAAAAAUUAUAGUUUUUUUCCAGAAAUCUGCGUGUUCGAAGUUUCGAUAGAUCAACACUUUUGGAUUUUCCAGCCCCAAUGAAAGACGACAUCGGAGUUCCAAGUUAUUGGCUCCUCGAUGGCGGCUCUCUUCUUCCAGUUCUCGCACUCGGAAUCCAAAAAGAUGAAAGUGUUUUGGAUAUGUGCGCAGCGCCUGGUGGAAAAAGUCUACUCUGCGCUUUAACCCAACUACCCUCUCGAAUAGUUUGCAAUGAUUUCAAGUUGGCGAGAUUGGGACAAUUGAAAAGAGCAUUGAUGACGUAUGUGCCGGAAGAGAAUGAUAUGAUUAAUCGAUUUGUUUUGAAGCGGAAAGAUGCGGGAGAUUUGAAGAGUUGGGAUGAAUUGGAAGCAUAUGAUAAGGUAUUUUGAAUUUCUCAUAUUCAGUUUUACAGUAGAAAUCUCUGUAGGGCUGAUUCACGAACGAAAAACAUUUUUAAAAAAUUUUUUUAAACAUUGAUUCCGAGUUUUUCAGCCAAAAAUGAUGACAAAUCGAUAUUUUUCAAGCUUCUGGAGUGAUUUCUGAUGAAAAUAAACUUCGAGACCCCUAUUUUGCUUUAUUUUAUGAAUUUUUUCGAAAUUCAUCAAAAUUUAAAAAAAUUUUUAUUUUGCGAAAAAUCAGCAAAACCUUCUGGAAAGUGAAUUCCAAAGUCAAUUUUAAUCAGAAAUUACUCCAGAAGCUUAAAAAUAAUGAUUUGUUAUCAUUUUUGGCUGAAAAACUCGAAAAACUAAGUUUGACCUACAAUGUUUUUUCGACACUUUUUGACUUUUCGUGAAUUGAUCUUUCAAUGUUUAAAAAAACUUUUUUUUUUCGUUCGUGAAUUAGCCAUUGUACAUUUUUACAAACAAAUUAGCGCACUGUAAAAUUUUUAAAUUUUCAAAAAAUAUGAAAUUCCCCGAGAAAAUCCAUUUCCAAUGAGACAUUCUGUACAGUUUUUCACGCUGAGAAAGACCACGUUUUCAGUUUUUGCUAAGCGACUCUCUGAAAAGCACAAAAAUGAGCCAAAAAUUGAGAUAACUCAUGCUAGAGAAGAGUUUAUCGAAAACUGACGUUAUUCAGGAAUUUUUUUUCGCCAGUAAUUCAUAAUUUUCAGAAAAAUUGUUGUGUUUUGAGCCUAUUUUCUGAGCCAAAAAAAUUCCUGAAUAACGUCAGUUUUCGAUAAACUCUUCUCUAGCAUGAAAUUUCUCAACUUUUGGCUCAUUUUUGUGCUGUUCAGAGAUUUUAAGCGUGAAAAACUGUACAGAAACUUAUAUCUCUCAUUGAAAAUCUUCGGGGACUCUUAAGUCUAGGUGUGUUCAAUGAUCCAUUCCCUAAUCUACUUCCUCUCCAGGUUCUCGCCGAUGUUCCCUGCUCAACUGACCGCCUUUCUGUUGCCAUGGACGAUGGAAAUAUAUUUAGCACGGCUGCAACACAAUUCCGACUCGAAUUACCUGUUCUACAAACCAGAAUCCUAGUGUAAGCCUGUUUUUUUCUCAUUUUUUAAUUGUAAGGAAAAUUUUAGGAACGCCUUGAGAUCUGUGAAAAUCGGAGGAUCUGUAGUUUAUUCAACUUGUACACUUUCACCCAGUCAAAAUGAGGUGAGCUAGAGAAAUUUGAGGUUUUUUCGAAAUUUGUUGUCAAAAAAUGUUUUUUUCAAAUUAAUUUUUUAGAUUUUUUUUCAAAAAUCCCGAAUUUCAGCCCGAAAAUGCUCCAGUGCUCAUUUUAGCUCAAAAUUCUUGAUUUUUCAAGCUCCAGAGCCCAUUUUCUUUCAAAAAUCCCGAAUUCCAGCCCAAAAAUCUUUCAGUGCUAAUUUUAGCUUAAAAUUCUAGAUUUUUUAAGCUCCAGUCCCAAUUUUUUCUCAAAAAUCCCGAAUUCCAGGGCAAUAAUGCUCCAGUGCUCAAUUUUUCUCAAAAUUCUAGAUUUUCUAAGCUCCAUCGCCAAUUUUCUUUUUUUUUUCUGAAAAUCCCAUAAUUUUGCAGGCAGUUGUCGAAAAUGCAGUAGCGAUCGUGAAAAAAGAGUACGGUAUGCAAAUUGUCGAAGAAUCGCUCCAACAAAUCGUCGAACACAUGACUGCCACCGGUCUCUAUCGAUUUCACAAUACACCAAUCGGCGCACUCAUCACACCAUUUCUACCAUCGAAUUUCGGCCCAAUGUAUAUUUGCAAAUUGACCAGAUUGCAGUGA